AUGUUGGUGCGAGUCCUGUUGUUUGCGGCCUGUCGCAGGGCUGUAGAGAACAAAGACUCGAUCGUCGUAGAGGUGCCUGCUGAACUAGACAACGACGGCCGCGAGUACUGUACUGUGGAGACGCUAAGGAAGCGCCUCCCAGAGGUGUUGCAGAAACUCGCUGCUCACUCGGCGGUCGCAGUGAAUCUUGAGUAUGCGGAAGCGUGGCAACGAGUUUACAGCCAGGAUGAAGUUGCGCUGAUUCCUCCUGUUAGCGGUGGCUAG